AAACCCUUGACUAUGACACUACAACUUAUGUACCUUAUAGAUACUUUAUUUUAAACUUGAUACUGGUAAUUUACACAUUCAUAUUUGAAAAAGAUAUCAUAUUCUUGGGUGAAAAAAAUACAUCAGAAAUGAAAGAACGUCUUACGAUUCACACAAAUACCAAAAAGUACUCUGAUAUUUAUAAUAUCACUUUUGAAUUUCAUGGAAGUAAUUCAUCAAGUAAAACAAAGCACAAAAUAGAGAAAUCCUUUGGUAAUUGGUUUGAUGUAAAUGGAUUAUUGAGUACAGAAAUAUUUGAGAGAGAAUUGGCCGAUGGACUGGAAUCUGUAAGGAGUGGAAAAUUACAUAUUCAAUAA